AUGUCACUCUCCCCUUCAGGGGCUCCGAUGAGUUCUGUCCCUUCGUUCGCCGUCUCUCUUAGUUCAAGUUCUGAAAAUGUGCAAGUUUCAUUGAACCUUGAAAAGGGAUCGAGAUGGGGGGAGGGGCGGCGGGGGGCACCCGAUUUCUUCUACAAGGAAGCUCAGCGCCUUGGCUACGUUGCUCGCUCUGCCUUCAAGCUGGUACAGAUACAGAAGCAGCACAAGCUCAUCAAGGCUGGCUCAUCCGUACUGGACCUCGGCUGUGCUCCGGGUGCUUGGCUCUCCACAGAAAAUGGACUGACUUUGUUGGGGCAAAAUGCUGAACAAACAUUUUAUGGAAUUAGGGUUCCGAAUUUUUGGUGGUGGUUUUGCUCAACAAUCACCAUUCCUAAAUGUAAUACAAUCAAGUUUUCUGUUAUACUUUCGGACAUGUGCCCUUUGGUUUCUGGAAUCACAACUAAAGAUGCAGCUCUGUCAGUGGAGCUAGGGAUGCGAGCAUUGGAUUUGGCUGUUGGCAGAAGAGCUGCAUUUUCAGUUUAUGCUGACGGUGAUGAUACUCAGGAAGGUGAGCAAAGCCAUGAUGAUCCAUCCACUUUGGCGGAAACUGGAGUGUUGCAAGUUGGUGGGAACCUUCUUAUAAAGCUUUUAGAGAGCGAAGAUGCAAAAGAUUAUCCAGUAUACCACUCACUGUAUGAUGAUUUCAUCUGGAUGCAGAAAUUUGGAGAUCCUAUGUCUCAUAGGCAUGUUGCAGGUUGGUGGCAUUCAAUUUCCUUUUUCCUUUUGUUUCUUUUCUUUUCUUUUGUUCAGGAAAUAGAAGCAAGUAAAGGUUGGAGAACAUGGAAAGAGUACCAAAUGAAAGUGAGAGAUGUGAAUGAUAGACUUAUGAUGGCUGAACGUGCAUUCACUGACAGAGAUGGCCUCUUAGGAAUGACAUGGCAUAAGCAUUUGGGUUCUAACUUCUAAGAAAGAUGAAAUUGAAGAAACCAAGCAAGCAAAGGAGAGUAGAAACAUCAAACAUGGCUGCUACUAUUGGAAUCACAGAAUUUAUUGGAGCAGAGAUGAUUGAGAAGGCAAUUUCUUAGUAGAUGAAGCUAUUUUGUCCAAGCAAGCAAGUUUAACUUGAAGUGGCUACACACAACCACAAGGAGAUCCAGGAGGUGUAUUUGUCAAUGGCUCUGAGCAAGCAAGUCACCAUCAUGCAAUCUAAAAGGAAUAGGAUCAAUAUAAAAUCUUGUUUGUUUAAAUUGUUGAAAAUGAAGGAACUAGUAGUGUCAAUGAGUAAUGUAAAUAGUUAUAGUUCUGUCAAUGGUUUAUUUUUUUGGGUAUCUUUUUAUUGAGAUAGUGAGAUAUUGGCCAAUGAUGUUGAAAAAUAACAUCUAAUUUUAUAGGUAUCAUGUAAUGAAUAUUAUGUUUAUCUAUAUGAUU